AUGGCCACGAUGGCCGCGGAAACCCCCAACAUCCCUCAGCAGCGGCUCGGCGUCCCGUCUCGGAAUCCGCUGCCUUUAUCGGCUUCGCAAGAGUCGCAAGUGCGAGAUAUAUACUAUGCUAGGGUGCGCAAACAAUGCGCCGACGAAAUCAAAGGUAUCAUAACCUUGUGCAAUCUUUCUUUGGCUGCUCUGAGAGAGAGCGUGAAGCCCUCGUGGAAGUGGCAUGAUCGCCCCUCACUUUUCGUAUCCAAUUGCUACCAAUCCCCCUCGGAGCUGUCACAGAGCCCCUUUGCUAAUAGGAGCCAAAUAGCAUUUGCCGAUUGCGCCCUUGGUCGGACGUUUAGCGUCACGUUUGCCUGCCGAGCUGAACACACCGCCAUGAAUGCCUGCAUGAAGCUCCGCGCUACACAGGAAGAACAGGACGCCGCGCGAGAGGAAUGGUUCGCACUACGAAUGGAACGACAGCGGCAGCGCGAGAGGAAAACCAAGAUGGCGGCGGCCCAAGAAGAGUUCAUGCGGGAGUGGUGGGGUCUGCCGGAGGAUGUGAGGCUGUCGAGGCAGAAAGAGAUGGAGAAGCGAGGAGAGAAGAUACCGCCUCUAAGACCCGAGGCUAGCACGAAAUAA